AUGUUCCAGCUGUUGGAGUUGCUCCACCUCUUUUCCCUUGUCUCCAAAACAUCCACAUAUCAUUUUUAUCGCACAUUAGAGAGAAUGACGGAUAAUAUGGGGCUGAAUACACUGCCCUCUCAUAAAGCAGCCCUGAUGUGUAUGCUUAUUCAAUGGCAUCACUUGAAGCUGUUAAAGAGAGGUGGGCAAGUGCAUGAUGUCACUGGAUCUGAGGGUACAAAGCCAGGCAAGCUUGCCGUCCUCUGCCCAUCUUGUCCUCGGCUGGGAAUAAACCUACCUCCAGACUGGGAUCAAGCACCUCCCCACUUAAAAUUUUUGUAUAUUUUGCUUAUAUGCAUCGACAUGAACUUCCGGCUUAAGAACCAGAUUGUGUCAUCGUAUUCGAGGGACCCAGGUCUCGGUAUCGGUUGGGCAUACUUCACUGCCCACGAGCCUUAUGAGGAAUACGUUCAAAGUCGAGCUACAGAUGCAGACAUUAGUAACUGCAUGGAGUUUUCUGCCAUGGCCAAAUCAAACACAAAGUUUUCAAAAGGGCUCCAUUACACAGGUGUGGUUGCAGUGUCCUGUGGAAGAAGUGAGAUGGUUCUGCCUACAUGUGUCGGCAAUAUGAAUAAGGGUGAGAGAUACGCCAACGUCGACCCCCUCACUGCAGCAGCUAUCCAUCAAUUCUCAGAUUUGCUCUGGGUCAUUAUCAGCUAUGACAUUGCCUGCCAAUGGAUCAAGACGAUAUUCACAUGGAUGACCUCACAUUGGCCCUCUGAGCUUCGAUUCAAUCCCGAUAUCAGAGUGACCCCACUGGUGCCAAAGUUCCAUGAACCGGGUCAUAAAGCAGAGGACCACGAACAAUUCUCUUUCAACCUUGCUGAAGGCGCCGCUUUAUCGGAUGGAGAAUGUCCUGAAAGGAUAUGGGCACCCCACAACGUUCUAGGAAACUCAACCAAGACUGCGGGGCCAGGUACGAGGCAGGAUCUGAUUGACGACCAUUUCGGAUUUUGGAACUGGCUCAAAUAUUGCUGCAUGGGGUUAACACUUUGGAAACACUACAGAGAUGCGGUCUUGGAGCGAAACUGGCAGGAAGAAGCACACAGAGGCUUUACGCAGAGCUUGCCACCCAAUAUGGUCACUGAAUGGGAGGAUAUCUGUGCUGCAUGGGAGGCUGAUAAGGUUCCUAAGACGGUGCUGAACCCCUUCUGUGUUCAGAGCGACGAUUUGACGGAGGAUGAGGUUCAUAAAGAGUUGGCUGAGGAAGAGGAGGCUUGCAGGUGCAAUGGGGGACAGGUGGUUCAUGACAUGAGUCCUUCAGCUUUUAUGGUUUUUGGUUUGGCCCUCGAGGAGUCACAGCAAAAACUAUGCUUGGAGGUUAGGAAACUGAAAGCCAAUCCGACUGCUCACCAAGACGCUCACAUUGCAGAGCAGCAAAGUCUUCUCCGGUCCAAGAUCAAAAAAUUCGAAGAGUUGCAUGCCACAUACAUGCCUGGGCUCCUGCAGUUUAUUACCGAGACUCAGGAGGUGGAUUAUUUGUCAACUGGGGCAUUAGCAGAGGAGGUGAGACUAUGGCUACCCUCCUGCAUACCAGUGGAUCGCAGGAGCCAGGUAUGUGAGGCCUCUUUAUUGGAAAUGGAGGAGCAUCUACACACAGCGCAAUGCCAUGACUCAUUAGGUUCGAUUCGCCACAUCUUGCGCUUGAAAAUGCGGAUGGUCGAGUACAAGAACAAGAAUGUACAAGGUCAGCAGGAUGGAACAUGUUCAUGGACAGGCAUCAAUGCCAUUCAUGAACAGGCACUAGCAGCAGCAAUCAAGUACCAUAUGGCAAGGGAGGCAAAAAUGAAGCUGAGUGGCCUGGGGGAUUGGGAGGAGGGGCUUCAUAAGCUCGAAGAUGGUGAUAUCCAUUCCUAUCAAGAUCCAGAUCGUCUCCAUAAAGGAACAGGUUGCCAAGGAACGAAUGAAGAUAGCUGGGAGCCAGGAUUGGUUCCCGAACUUCCUGAACCCAGCGUUGAUCUGUAUCAAGAUAGUCGAGAAAAACGCGAUGGGACUGGCCAAACCUGGCGUACUCUUUCUUGGAUUUGGACAAUGAUGAAGAUCAACCUAGCGGAUGGGGCUGAUGAAAACGAUGAUGAAGUGCUAUGUUCGGAAUGGUGUCGCAGUUGUGCAAGAGCACAUCGGGCACGUGAGGAAGUUUUGCUCCUCUGGGAGGAAAUGCGCAGAACCUUGAGGUUCUUGGAAUGGCGAGGGGAGUGGUGGAUGCAACGGCGGGAUGUGCAUGAGUUAGGCGGUGCACUGCGCAAAGCGGUGGAUGCCUAUGCUCUCAAACAAAGCGACAUACAGUGUCAGCUGGCAGUCAAAUUUUGGGAUCUCUGGUUGACAGCUCUAGACGAUGGACAAAUGGAGAAUGCGCCGCGUUCCGAACUGCAUCCCAGUGAUGACAAUGAUGCCAGCAGCGAUGGUGAUAGGGAUGAACAUAACAUCGGGAUUUGGAGUGAUGAGGAGGAGGUGGAGCUGGAUGAGGAGGAUUAUGCAGAUCUCUGA